CAUCCCUGAGAACAUAGGCUCCUUCCAUUCUCCGUGCAACAGCACGGAGAAUGGAAGGUCCAGAGUUCACCCAGUGUCGCCUCUAGCUAGUUCACACGAUUUUUAUGAGAGAAAUGGGCCUGAAAGCAAAUCCUGAGAGCUAUCUGGGCGAUACGGAAAGUUUCACCAACAGUUUUUGUAUAAAUAAUGUAUCUUUGCUGGAGAAAGCUGUCCCGAAUAGUAACAAAAACCGAAGAAAAUUGAAAAGUCUUCAUAAUUCAUUGAAGAAUUUGAAUUUUGAACUUGAUUUGACCUUUGAUCUGUUGAAGAAUUUUGAGUCUGCAGUCAACAAUCCAAAUAAUUCCCAAAAUUCGUUCUUCAGCAUUCUGAAAGAAGAGAACUUAUCAAAGGAACAAGCACUUAAAGGAAUCAAAGCGAUGUGAGACUUAUUAAGAGAACUAUUGGAGGAGAAAGGAGAGCAAAACUUUGGAGCCCUCUUUGAGGAUUUAAAAUAACUACUCAAAAGCAGUCAGAUUUAUCAUUAAAUUUCUCCUUGAAGAUUACAAUGAUGGAAGGAAAACUGAUUGAGAGUGCCUAGGUCAUCCUGAAACUACAGUUCUCAGUUACUGAAUAGAUAUUCUUUGGAAAUGAAACAUCCUCAGUAUUCACUCAAGAAUAAAGCACAUCCUGCUCGCUGAUACUCAAUCCAACGAGGGCUUAGUUAUGAAGCUGCGCAAGGUAAUAGAAGACCUCAAAUUCGAGAAAGAACAACUAACCAAGAACCUCAAGAGCACUGAAAAGGAUUACUGUUCCAAAAUAAUUGAACUAGAGCGUUCCAUAAAACGACUCUCCAAAGAGAAAGAAGAGCUCCAUAAUAUAGUAAAAGACAGGGAUUUCCAACUUCAAUCUAUCAAAAACAUUGAAAAAUAAUGGAGACAAGCACCUCUCCAUCAUUGAGAAUAGGCUACAUCAGAUGGACUUCAAUCUGAUUGAGGCUACUAGGGAGAAAGAUAGCCAGAUGACUGAGAUCAACAAGUUCAUGAGAGAAAUGAACACUUAUUUUGCAUCAAUCACACAGAAUGAUAAUGUAAAGAAGAUUAAGCUUAAGCAGAAGAGGACCAAACUUCCUACUAAAAAUAUUGAUAUCCUUUCUGAAAGCGAUGAUCAGUUUAUUAAUUCUAAGACAAAUAAUUUCUUGUAUGGAACUAUGAAAAGGCAAGCAAGUUUGAAGUCAAUCAGUGAGUUCAGUGACUCCAAUUCCAAUUCUCGGUCUAUAAAACCUACGUCUACUGCAACACCUCAGGCUGAUUCUGAAAGCCUUGAUAUAGCUACAUUAAUAGAACAAAAACUAAAAUCUAUGAUGAACAAAAGUGGGGAAAAGAGUGGGAAAGAUGAAUUAUUAAACCAAAAUUCUCUAAAAUUCAUUUCCCUUAUCCAGAACCAAUGAAAAGACCAACUCCAGCCUAAUAGUCCUCAAGCCUCACCCUCCAAAUCCCCUGCCAAUUCCUCAACAUUCUCUCGUGAAGAAGUUAUCUCCUUUUCUGACAAAACCUGCCAGACGACUCUCUCAAUUCCCUGUUCUUCAGGAGGGAACUCCCAAAACAAAACGAACAAAUCCUUACUUCUCAAGUACAUUACAUGCACUAAGAACACUAAGAUUAAGAACGUGGACAUCCCUGGUGGUGAAGACAUGGAGAAGAUCCUCAAGCUGAUCCAUAAAUAUACGAAGAAUAAGAAACGUCUCAGGAACAAAAGCGAGAGCUUCACUGCGAUGACAGAGUCUAAUAUAUACAAACUGUUAGAGCUAAUUUUUACAGAGAAGAUUAUCCUUGAUUACGAGAAUUCUAAAGGCCAUACAAAUGUGGCAUUUUCAGACUUUGUUGUAGACCAUCUGAUCAUGAAGUUCGGACUGAAGACUAUUGCUGUUAAGAACUUGAUUUCGCUCAGAAUCGGCCUUCAGGAUAUUGUCAAAAGUUCGUUAAGAGAAUACCGGGCGAAGAAGAAAUAGAUCAGGUCUCAAUUCGAACUCUAAGCUUGCAAACAAAAUUGAUGAUAUGAAAUUUCCAUAUGCGUCUUAUAUUAUAAACUUGCUUAAAAUUGACCAGCCUCAUGAGAUUAUUAUUUCUACACAUUAUCCACCAGAUAUCGAGAAUUUGAUAAUUAGAUCAAGAAUCAUAUUUGAGGAGGCUCAUAAAUAAGUAUAAAUUGAGUGCAAUGAAUAAGAAGAUAGUAGUACCAGAUCAACCUCCAAAUUUAAUCCACGGAGGUGAAUGAAAUGUACUCGAACUCAUCCACAUCGUAACUCAAUGCAUCGGGAAAGAUGAAGAACUAUGAGAAGAGUUUAUCCCAAAAUUACUUCCAAACAAUAUUCCAAAUUUUGAUUCCAAAGAAGAAGAGAAUGCUUUCAUGCUAAACUUCGCUCAAUCCAAAAUCUGCUUCAGUAUUGCUAAGCUCGGCAAAAAUGUCCAGUACAUGUUCGAGACUCUUGAUGAAGAUGGGAAUGGAAUUCUAGACUCUGGAGAGAUAAUCAAUGGUCUCAGAGACAAGUUUAACGUUUAUUUCUCCUUUAAAGAAGCCACAAAUUUUAUUGAGUACAUGGACUCUGAUAAAAGUGGUGAUAUAGACUUUGACGAGUUUAGUGCAAAAAUUAACUACAAGAGCUACAAUAAAAAUUAUGCCAGGUACAUGAUCACCAAGGCUAGAUUCAUUACAAUCGUACUUGAACAAUGGGAGAGUCACAAGAAUAGAAUUUACGAUAGAUUAAUUCAAGUCUUCGAAAAAUUUGAUGAAAAUUCAGAUGGAGUUCUCACAUUCGAUGAGUUUGAAGUUUUAAUCAACAACAUUGGCUUCUCACCCAAUCACCAAGAUGAUGGGAAGAUUAGUCCACAGAAAAUAAUUAACCUCUUUAACGAAACCCUUGAUUCAAUGGAAGAGGAAGGAAUGGCAAAUGAUGAUAUGGAUUAUAUGAGCCCUGAAGCUUUCUGAGCAAUGGCCUUCAAGUACAAACUCGGAGGCUACGGCAGGGACUUCUUUGAAGCCUAUAUCACCCAGUUUCUUGAUGAGAAGAAGACCGCAUCUAUUGAAGACAAAAGAUUGGCAAGGUACCAAAGUGUGUUGAAGAAGACCCUAAUAAACACCAUUGGAAAAUAA